AAAAAGGAGGGAGAUUUUCGGGUGGGGCGAAAACAUUAAAAAGUUAUGGGGGGAUGAAAAAAUAAAUGUACGAUGGUAUAAAUAAAAAUCAAUGUCAGUGUUUAACUUCAUGCGACCCGAACGUCGCAAAUAUCACAAAAUGUCUGAUUUUACGUAGGUAACUCAAUUGAAUACCUAAAUCUAUUGUUAGGUACUUACGUUUGUUGAGUAAUACAUCCUACGUGAGUAGUGGUAAUUUUCGUGUUGUUUUAAGCCGUGGAAAAUGUAUAAAUUGUGUUUGUUCUAUCUAUAACUACUGUGUAUUCGUGUAGGUAAAGUUUUUGACCGUUGAAGGGUUGCAACCAAAAAUAUGGAUGUAUUUUGGGGGCAUUUUGUAUUGUUAUGCAUUCUACCUACCUCACUAGUAGCGCACUCGCCUGACCUUAGCGAGUACUACCAUGGCUGGGCCGAACCUGACUAUGCCGCGCCAUCAUAUCCCAUCGUCAAGGUGGCCACACGGGAGCGCGUGGCGACCGCGCGUGAAAUCAUGAGCAGUUCCGUCCUCGCCGCGUACAUCGUACCUAAUGCUGAUGCGCACCGGUCAACCUACCUAUCGGAAGCGGAUGCCCGCUUCCAGUGGAUCUGUGGCCUCUCCGUCCCGUCUGGCACGGCGGUGGUGACAGCGACUGACGCCCUGGUGUGGACUGACAAGAGAUACACCGAGCUGUUUCACCAGCAAGUGGACACGGAACUGUGGACGCUGAUGACACAGGACAACAUAACGCUCGCGCAAUGGCUGUUAACGAUGCCGGGACACCCCAUCAUAGGGCUGCACCCCACCACCGUCACCUCAGCCGAGUGGAGCGAGCUGGAGUCAGCUCUAGCCACAGGAGACAGCUUCAUUCUACUGGGCACGUCGCUCGUGGACUCCGCCAGGAAAAGCUUCGGGGAGCUCCCCCCGCGCUUCCACUCACUGGUGCCUCUGGGGGUGGAGUACACUGGAAGGCGAGCCAGUGACAAGAUAUCCGAUUUGAUGACACAGAUUAGGAAUAGAGGAGCCAAAGCCUUGCUUAUAACAGCUCUGGAUGAUGUUGCGUACACGCUGAACCUCCGUGGCUCAGACAUCCCCUACAACCCGGUGUUCUUCGCGUAUCUCAUCAUACGAGUGGACACUGAAGACAACGUAAUCCUGUUCUGGUCACAAGGCGAGCUGGCCCCCGACGUAAUUCAACAUCUGGCCGCGGAGGGCGUUGAUGAUCCAUUCGUGUUGGACUACAGAAAUAUUAACAUGUACAUAUAUACAUACGCUUCUAUGCUGGAGGAGGGUGAGCUUGUUUGGUGGUUGUCAAACGACACCAACCGUGAUCUUUACGAAGAAGCCGAAAACGAUGGAAAAAAUAAGAUAGCAACCUUUACCAACUCACCCGUCGCGCUCAUGAAAAUGGUCAAGAAUGAAGUGGAACUGAAGGGUUUCCAGUCAGCGCACAUCAAGGACGGCGUGGCGGUGGUGCGCGCGCUGCGCUGGGCGGAGUCCCAGGUUCGAUCCGGGGUCCAAGUUACUGAAGUGGAACUGGCUGACAAGCUGGAUGAGAUGAGGGCAGAAGAAUCAGACUACAUGGGUCCCUCCUUCGCUACGUCAGUCGCGGCGGGCGCUAAUGCAGCCAUCUUACACUACAUUGCAUCGCGUGAGGGCGAGCAGACUGUUAUUGGAGCUGAUGACAUGCUGCUGGUGGACUCUGGGGGGCACUACAAACACGGCACAACAGACAUCACUCGCACGCGGCACAUGUCAACUUGCAGCGCGGAGCAGCGCGACACGUUCACUCGCGCGCUGCAGGGGCAGCUGGGACUUGCUGCUGCAGUCUUUCCUAGGGGGGUUAAGGGCAAUGUAUUAGACACCCUCGCCCGUCAACACCUCUGGCGGCGCGGGCUGGACUACGCGCACGGCACCGGCCACGGCGUGGGGCACUUCCUCAACGUGCACGAGGGACCCAACCGGAUUGAUGCUGUCUCUAGGGAUAGUGAUGUGGAGGUGAAGCCUGGGAUGGUGUUUAGUAUUGAGCCUGGUUACUACAAGGUGGGCGAGUACGGCAUCAGACAUGAGGAUAUGGUGGAGGUCAUCGAGGUCACACCAGACUCCGACCAUCCCAGGGCUAAAGAUCUGAUGGGUGACUUCGACGGUCGCGGCGUGCUCGGGCUCCGCACUCUCACGAUGGUGCCGCAUCAGACGGCCUGUGUGGAUGUUAAGCUGUUGGAUGACUUCGAGUUGUCCUACCUCAACUCGUACCACGCGCGUGUGCUCGCGACGCUGGCCCCCGUGCUGCGCGCGCGCAACCUUAUUCAAGAUUUGGAGUGGCUGCAGGAGGAGUGCAAGCCUAUUACUAGGGGGUAGAAGUCAGUUUGCGAUGCAGUAAGUAGGUACUAUGUCGUCAUUACUAUAUCGUUGAGGUCAGAAGGGCAAAAUUAAGCUCUUUGCGCAGCCUCAAGAGCGAGCGCGACCGAGAACUUUUGUCACGUCUUAAAUGCGCCCCGUGCUAGCCCUUCAGUUUACUCUAAUUUGUGACUGUUUAUCACUUAUUUGAUAUAUUUUUUUUGUUUAACUAAAAUGUCCUUUUUUCAGACUAGCUGAUGCCCGCUAGUUUUAGCUUCGCCGCAUCUUUUCUCAAAAGUCUUUAGGAAGUCUUGAAAAGUGACCUGUAAGAGAUCGCUCUUAGUGAUAAGUCCGCAUAAUAUAAAUUGAUUCUAGUCUGUAAGUAUAUUUUUUGUUAGUGUUAUUUAUGUCAUAUUCAAUAAAGAUAUACUUACCUAACUAUUGUAUUAUUUUCUAUUCUAUUCGUCCGUUGGUAAACCUACCCACAGUAUUAUCCGAACGGAGAGUAGUUUGUAAAAAUUUACGUUCAUCCGAAAAUUUUAUAUUUAUUUAAUAAAAACAUUUGACUUUGA